CGGGCGCGCUUACGCACUCCGCCGCUUCCGAUGGGUGAGGACAGCGAGAGCCCCAAAAUCAAUCACAGCUUCCUCCGAGACUAUGUCACAGAAGCUGAUGUCAUUUCUACAGUGGAGUUUAACCAGACGGGGGAUCUGCUGGCCACAGGAGAUAAGGGGGGGCGAGUGGUCAUCUUCCAUAGAGAAACAGAGUCUAAAAUUGAAUCUGAAGAGCUGGGAGAAUCGGGUGAGUAUAAUGUCUACAGCACGUUCCAGAGUCACGAACCGGACUUUGACUAUCUGAAGAGUUUGGAAAUCGAGGAGAAGAUCAAUAAGAUCCGCUGGCUGCCACAGCAAAACGCUGCCCACUUUCUCCUCUCUACCAACGAUAAAACUAUAAAGUUAUGGAAGGUGAGCGAGAGAGACAAGCGGCCAGAGGGCUACAAUCUGAAGGACGAAGAAGGGCGAAUAAAGGACAUCUCCACCGUGACCUCACUACAGGUGCCGGUCCUGAAGCCCACUGACCUGAUGGUUGAGGUGCGGCCGAGGAGAAUCUUUGCCAACGGCCACACCUACCACGUCAACUCCAUCUCAGUCAAUAGCGAUGGCGAGACAUAUCUGUCUGCUGAUGAUCUCAGGAUCAACAUGUGGCACCUGGAUAUCACAGAUCGAAGCUUCAACAUUGUGGACAUUAAGCCGGCUAAUAUGGAGGACCUGACGGAGGUAAUAACAGCUGCAGAGUUCCACCCACAGCACUGCCACCUGUUUGUAUACAGCAGCAGUAAAGGCACGCUACGCCUCUGUGACAUGAGAGAGUCUGCACUCUGUGACAAGCACUCCAAAAUCUUUGAGGAGCCAGAGGACCCAGGCAACCGAUCUUUCUUUUCUGAGAUCAUCUCGUCGGUUUCUGAUGUUAAGUUCAGCCAUAGUGGACGCUAUCUGCUCACCAGAGACUACUUGACUGUCAAAGUAUGGGACCUCAACAUGGAGAAGGGCCCAGUGGAGACCUACCAGGUGCAUGAGUACCUAAGAGGCAAACUCUGCUCUUUGUAUGAAAACGACUGCAUCUUUGACAAGUUUGAGUGCGUCUGGAAUAGCACAGACAGUGUAAUCAUGACAGGAGCGUAUAACAGUUUUUUCCGGAUGUUUGAUCGUGAGACCGGUCGCGGUGUAACCCUCGAGGCAUGGCGUGAGAGCAGUAAACCGCGUGCCGUGCUGAGGACUCGCCGCGUUUACACCGGGGGCCGGCGUCGCCGGGGGGACGUGGGCGUGGACAGUCUGGACUUCUCGAAAAAGAUUCUGCACAUGGCUUGGCACCCGGCUGAAAACAUCAUCGCCAUCGCAGCCACUAACAACCUCUAUAUCUUUCAGGACAGGGUCAAUGCGGAAAACCAGUGACAAGAGUCAUGUAACGGGGUAAUGCAGUAAUGCUCUUCACAGGGCCACACACACCAACAUGCAUUUAAAUCAUGCACAUGUAUUACAUUUAUCCUUCAAAACAAACAUUAUUGGUCCUGUGAAGAUGGGCGUAGUUGGCGGACUAUGUUUGCAGUUAUGCUGUUCCAGGAGAGCAGUUAUAUAUACAGGUAGCUAGUGACUUUAACUGAUAACUGUUUGGUUAAUUACACCGCCAAGAAUGUUGCCAAUGAGCUACAGAAUGUGGAAUUUAUGAUUGGCAUCACAGUCAGCCAAUCCUGGACUUCUUUGAUAUGUGAUGGAUGGUGUUGCCGGCCAAUCCCUGACUGCGCUGAUCUGUGAUUGACAGCUGUUUGGAUAAAGGCUGGUGCCUUUGGGCUGAAGACCAGGAAUGAGACCGCUCCACUCCUCUGUGCCAGGCUGCCAUGGAGACAGGUUACUCAGUUGCCAUGGUAACAAGAGUGCUCCAAGCAGUCUUCCUAUCACGUGCUUCCCAAAAACCUAUCCCACAAUGCAUCUGCUACACGGGCACUCAUUUUACUUCACGCUUAAUUGACCAUUUGUGGAGACUUGAUUGCCUAUACGACCGUAUCACUAUAUCUCACACUUGAAGGCUUGUCUGGUGUCUUCUAUCAGAAGGAUUGAACCACUACUUCAUCAAAACACUGUCUUAACCUGGUUACACCUCAUGAUGGGUUAUAUUUACACCUGUAUGGUACUAAAAGUAUCGGUCUGUCUCUCAAAUAAAAAAUACAAUAAGGGUAUAUCACACUGCUAACACGCUUUAAAAAAAAAGUCUCCUGUAAUGUACACGAGUCAGGAACUCAGGAUCAAACUCUGAUCUGGUUUCUGGUUACGCAGGAAGCACUGCCUUUUUAUUCAUGAUUGUAGCUACUAUACAGAUCCCUCAAAAAGAAAUUUAAGCAGUCAGAAUUUUCCUACAAAAAGUGCAGAAAGACAUGGAAAUUAGUUGGUUAUCAAAUCAGGCAAGUGAUUUACCACAAACAAUAAUUCUGACACACUCCUCUAUUUGUUUAAUUUUAAAAAAAAUCUGUAGAAAAAAAGUACUUUCAGUGGAAGCCUGUGGGACAUUGGGAGGGUUAAAAAGCAAAAAAGAUUAAUCUUGUAUGUUGAAGUGUUGAUAUGAAUGGUUCUCAGUGUUUGAGUGAAAGGCAAGAAUAUCCAAAAACCCCAUGACUUGAUCAUAAUGAAUAUUGGAGUUGUAGGAUUUUAUAAAUUAACAUGACUUUUUGCAGGUCUAUAAAUCACACUUUUAAAUUAGGCUUCCUCAUAUAUUCAGAUUUUACAUAAUUGUAGGUAUGCUGGUUCUUUAAAUACAGUUGAAUUAGAACAAAAAUAUCUUAAUUUGUAGUUGUACUCAUUUUAGGUUUGGCUCAUAUUAAUUCUUCCUUUUCUAACUUUUGUGGCUAUGCAUUCCCUAUGCGUUUUUUUUUUUUUUUUUUUGCUUUGCUAGUGUUCCCUGGGCUUCCAAGUGCAAAAACAUAGUUGAGGAUGUGUAAAAAUUAUGUUUUGUGGCAACAUGACAAAUAGCUUAUCUUGUAUUGAAUUUGGAACACUCCAAUAUGUAUCAGUGGAUAAAUCACUCCUUCACUGUUUUCUGUGACCACACAGGUGUACAAGUAACUCUAUCCACUGUAGAAAGAACAUGGUGAGUUAUUUUUCAUUUAAGGUGCCAUCCACCUUCUGAUCGACUGCUUGUUUGGUGUAGAUGUGGUAAUGAAUCGUCGGGUGUCUGUGUAGAUUGUGACACAAAGGUCAGUGAUUGUUUUUGCUACAUGAACAAGGCUGAAUGAAUGUAACUGUCAAACACAUGCUUCUAAUGAAUCCAUUUUUAAAGUGUUAUGAUGUAAACGGGGUGCUCUCAAACUUACGAGUGAGCUUGCUUGUUUGCUUUUCUCAUUUUUGUCCCUCUUCUGUCUUUCCCGGUUUUCAUGUGUUUUCCGUCCCAUUUUUCUAGUACUCUUUGCUCUAUACAUAUACUGAGGCUGUGCCUCUUACAAUCAGUUCCUCCACUCUUAUUUUUACAUUUGUAGUUCAUUCACAUCAUUUUUGUACCCUGAGACAAUGACUGCUUUUUUACACUGUUCCACUUUCUCUCUCACUCUUUCGUUCUCUUACAUCCUGUUACCAUGGCGAUAGGCCUUCUGCCAUUAUGCAUUCUGUCAUGUGUUCCUCUCAGACAUGCAGUGAAACACACACACACUCACGUUCACAAUGCAACCAGGGAAUAAUAGAGUUUUUCAGGUCUCACACAUACACACUCUCUCUCUCUCACACACACAAAUGCACACACAAUCAGGCCUAUACAUGCAAGCAUACACACAACGCAUGUUUAUCAUUAUCCAGUGUUACUAAUGUGUAUAUCUAUGAUGCCUAAACAUGUUAUAUUGACACUAAAUGGAAAAAUAAAAGAGGCAAAUUGA